CUGACGCCAGACGGAAUCGCCGGUUCAUCUCCGAGGUCCAACGCCGCCGCGCCCGGUCCUGGGAGCUCUGGGAGGUGCGGGCUCGCCGCAGGAAGUAGGCUGGGCGGCCGCCGUAACUCCCCCUGUUGGUCGGUCCGCCACUCCGCCGCCAAGUUCUUGGUACGCCGCCCUAGCCUCGCUUCUCCGGGAUUCCUGAAGACCCCUUCCUUCAGUUUCUCUUUGUUACCAUCGUAUUGCUGACCUGCCUCACACAGUCCACGAGCUAGCGCUUCUAAUGGAGGAAGAACAAAUAGAGGCGCCGUCCUACAUCCACAUUGAGAGCAACGAUUUCUCCUACAGAAGGCACAAGAGGCAGAAAGAGGAGGACAUAGCUGUUUGCGAGUGCCAGUAUGAUAUCUUGGAUCCAGAGAGUCCAUGUGGAGAUCGGUGCUUGAAUUUCUUGACUAACACGGAGUGCACGCCUGGCUAUUGCCGCUGUGGUGUGUACUGCAAAAACCAGCGGUUUCAAAAAUGUCAAUAUGCUAGGACAAGGCUGGUAAAGACUGAAGGACGUGGAUGGGGUCUUGUGGCAGAUGAGAAUAUAAUGGCUGGUCAAUUUGUUAUCGAAUACUGUGGAGAAGUAAUAUCAUGGAAGGAGGCCAAACGGAGAUCUCAAGCUUAUGAAACCCAAGGUUUAAAGGACGCUUAUAUCAUUUACCUCAAUGCUGAUGAGUCUAUUGAUGCAACAAGAAAAGGGAGUCUUGCCAGAUUUAUCAACCAUUCAUGCCAACCGAAUUGUGAGACAAGGAAAUGGAACGUCCUUGGGGAAGUAAGAGUUGGAAUAUUUGCAAAGCAAGACAUUCCUUUUGGAACAGAAUUAUUGUAUGACUACAACUUUGAGUGGUUUGGUGGUGUGAUGGUACGGUGCCUCUGUGGAGCUGGCAGCUGUUCUGGAUUUCUUGGGGCUAAAUCACGUGGUUUCCAGGAGGCCACGUACCUGUGGGAAGAUGAUGAUGACAGGUUUUCUGUUGAGAAUAUCCCUCUUUAUGAUUCUGCUGAUGACGAACCUACAAGCAUCAAUAAGGAGAUCCUCCUAGGAAAUGAUGGGCCAAUUGCUCCAUAUGUCAACAGCAACACAGUACAGAACACUGAGAACCGUGGGACUGCAAGCACAAAUGAAUUUGCACCAACUAUUGCUGAACAAUUUACUGCAAGCUCAAAUGGAUUAGCACCGAUGGCUGUUGAAGCAUCGGCUGGAAAUUCAAAUGAAUUCACACCCAUGACUAUUGAACCAUUGAAUGCUAUUCCAAUGGUAGCUCAUUUUGUCGAGAAUGGAUUGACUGAAUAUAGUGCACAAGAUGCUCAUGUCGCUCCUCAAAAUUCAGUGCCGGAAGCAGCAAAUCACCAGAACCAAAUUGAAUCACAAAACAACAGCAACCAUUCAGCAUUGGUCCCUGUAAAGUCCAUACCCAAGCGCCGUGGUAGGAAACCUAAACGUGUUCUGCUUAAGCAACUGGAUAUUCCAGAUAUUUGCGAUCGGCUAGCAUCAUCUGUGGCGCGUGAAGAAAUAUUGUACUGUGAGGAAGUGAAGAAUCAGGCUGCUUCUGACAUAGAUGCCCUGUAUGACGAGAUAAGGCCAGCGAUUGAAGAGCAUGAAAGAGAUAGCCAAGACAGUGUGUCCACAAGCCUUGCGGAGCAGUGGAUCGAGGCCAGCUGCUGCAAGUACAAAGCUGAUUUCGAUCUGUAUGCAGCAAUCAUCAAGAAUAUAGCUUCCACGCCACUAAGAUCGAAGGAGGACGUGGCCCCGAGAGAACAAAACGGUGUGAAGUACUUGGAAAACGGAUCAUGAUUUAGCUAGAAGCGUGAAUUCUUAGUGAGCUCGCCCUGAUGUAGGUGAGGUUUUUAGAUUUCUUUUUUUGGUUCGAUUGAUCUUAUUUAGGUAGAGAAACAUUAUAAAGCCACAAUUAAUAAUGUGGAAUGAGUUGAAUACACAACGGGUCUUUAAACUGUUAUUAUCAGAUUUUCAGCUUAGGUUCAUAAACGUUCAAAGUGAGCAUUUAGGGCCUUAAAGGUUCAUUCGAGUUCACUUUACGUCUUGGAACAAACUACUUAUUUUAGGGAUCUAGAUGCUCACUUUGAGAGUCCAUGCACCUUGGUGAGAAUUCGAAAAAUGUUUGAGAACCCA